CACAACAGAAGUCGGUUCGACCAAAGCUAAGCUGUAGAAGGCAGUCCAAGCGUCAAGUGGCACAAAAAAACACUCCAUUUGCCCCCAAUUUUUUUAUUCCUAACACCAGACACCACAAUGUAUGAAAGCGUUAACACCAAUACUUAACCAUGGAAGACCAAAUAGUUCCUCUACUCUUAAUAACAGCAAAUGUUGGAUCACUUUUUGAGGACCGUCAAAAUAUAGAGAGUAUUUGGAUUGGGCAGCUAAUACAAACCAUCACCCAAUUUGAACCUGGAUGUAUAGCGUUGCAUUUACAAGAAUGUGGUGGGAAACUUGCGGGUGCAGAGGGAGAAGAAGAAGUUAGAAGCUUCAUAAGAGUCCUUUUUAGCAAUAACGAAAUAACACAAAGAUUUGAAGUCAGGUGUGCUUGGAUUGAUCAAGAUUACAAAAAGCAAGAACAAUUCACGGCCUUGGGAUGUAUUUACUUAGUAAAAAAGUCUGUUAAGAAUGUCUCACUUUGGAACUUUAAAGAAUCAAAGUUUGAAGAACUAGACGGUGAAUCUGUCUCUGUUGGAGAUUUAAAGGAAGUGGUAUUGCUUGAAAAAAAAAAGUUUCCAAAAGAGUUUUUCCCUCAGUGUAAGUGGUCCCGGAAAGGCUAUGCGAGAACGAGAUGGAAAAUCAACGACUGUGUUUUUGAUCUUCUAAACAUUCAUCUCUUCCAUGAUGCAUCAAAUCUAGAAGCUAUUAAACUGUCACCAUCACAGUAUUGUAAAAACAGACAGAGAGCUCUUGCUCAUGUUGUAGACAAAUUAAAUAAUGGGCCUUUGCCGAAAGAGCCUGCCAUGAUUUUUGGUGAUUUCAAUUUCAGACUGGAUACAAAGUCUGUCGUAGAGUCUCUUUGUGCUGGGUUGCAUUCACAACAUGUCAGGAAGGAUGGUGAAAAUUGUCCUUUUAAGAUAAUUUAUAGAGAUGCAAAGUCUUCAGAUAAGAUUGUUCUGACAUUAGAACAUCGUAAGUUUAUAGUACAAGAUCAGAGUCAUUUUCAUCAUGACAAUGGAAAAAGAUUCCAAAAGUACAACAAGGAACUUGAGGAAUUUAAGCGGGAAUUAUAUGAAUACAGUAUAUCUUUCCCACCAAGUUACCCAUUUAGUGAAAACAUUGAUGAAGGAGCAAGAUACAAUAACUCAAGAUGCCCUUCUUGGUGUGAUCGUGUUCUUCUAAGUCACUCUGUAAAAAAGAUUAUCGCUAAGGAUGAUGGUGUGUGCACUUAUGAUAUAAUUGGAAGAAAAGUCUGUAUGGGUGACCACAAGCCUGUGUUUUUGCAAUUGAAUCUUGACACAUCUAAGAAUGCUGUAGAAGAAACGAAGGGAAAAGCCUAAUAUUCUUCAUUAUUAUCCAUACGUGAGUGUUCGUACAGACUAGGGUCAAUCUCCAAUGGAGUUUCAGAGGAAUAUAUUGAGUAUAUCACCUGUGUAUAGUACAAAUUAUUGAAUGACAUGACAAAUAUUUAAAUAUAUAAUGAUUAAGUUAAAUGUUUGGGAUUCUAUCCCAAAGUCUAGAAGAAGCCUAUGAAAAAUAUACAAUAGUUUAGAUUAAACCAAUGAUUAUAUGAAAAAUAUCUAGAAAAUGACAAGAAAACUAGAAAUAAGAUGGAAAGGAGAAUAGUGGAAAGAAAAGAUGGUAGGAAACCAGUGAAAACAGCUAAAAGAGAUGAAGAAAAUGUGGGAAUGAAGAUGGGAAUAUGAGGAAAACUGGAAAGAAAAACAAGAAAAAGAAGAGAGAAGGAAACACUGGAGAGAAUUCAAGACAAAGGCACAAAAUAAGAAAUAAACUUCUUAGAAUCUUGGAUAUAAUAAAUUCAGCCAUCUUUUCAUGCCAACUCUUCAAAGCUCCAUCCUGAUUUAGUGAAAUGCAGAGAUUCAGGCUAAAAGCAUUUAUAGUUAAAGUCUUCAGUCAGGGGCGGAUCCAGGGGAGGGGUGCAGGGGGUGUGCACCCCUCCCUGGUUACACUUUGUGCUCCUACUUCGAAGAUAACCAAUUUUGUUUUUUGCCUUUGAUUCUAAGGGGUGCACCCCUCCCUGGGUUAACAUUGUGCGCAGCACCCAUUCCUGAACAAAAUCCUAGAUCCGCCCCUGUCAGUGAUUUUGUUUUCGAACCUGAUUGCUUCCAGGUCCAAAAAGUAAUGCUGAUCACCCUACCCCUUUUUCUCUCUCUCUUUCUUGGAAAGUGGAAAAGUAGCUAGAAAAUUAAAUAUAAUUCUAUGUAUUUAUUUUAGGCUAAAUAAAACAAAAAGGGACUUGAAGGCUGGGUUUUCACAUUAAGAUAGUUUGAUCCUGGUCCUAGAGACAAUGUUUAAUUUUCCUUCCUUAGGAGACAAAAGAGUUGGCCCUAGCAGUAGAGUCACCCUAACUUCAAGUAAACCAACUCUUACCUCCAUAGUAUAUUAUAUCGAUAUAAGCAUAUCUGGGACAUUGCAAGCCUGAUCUCAGGAUAUGUUUUGAAUCAGGGUGCAUAUUAUUAUGCUGCCUAUUUAAUGGCAUCGUUUAUUCAUAUACAUACCUACUUUUUUAUUAGAAUGAAUCUAAUGGAUAUAUUUCGUUUAUUAUAGAAUGUUUAUCUUUUUUUUAUUAAUAUAUAUUUUGUGGGAAAGCAAUUUCGUUUUUCCUGGGUUAUUAUUUUUUUUCUCUUCCUUUCUUCCUUCAUAUUCAUCUGA